GCAGGGGGCUCGCGGUUCCACUUGUCCUUACAUAGCCACGGUUUUACAGUACGGACGCGUGCUCGUGUGCGCGCUCGCGUUGGCUAUUGUGUUUUUAUCAACAAGGAGACCACCCUGGCCUCGCGGGUAACUGAGCUGGCCAGCUGAACGACUAGUGACUGGUGAACGAUGGCAGACGAACAAGAAAUAAUGUGCAAACUGGAGAACAUCCUGGAGAUACGGAAUAAGACUAUCCAAAUGCAGAAGAUCAAGUCUCGUCUGAAGAUUGAGUUUGAGGCUCUGGAGUCUGAGGAGAAACAUUUGAAAGAGUACAAACAAGAAAUGGAUCUCCUGCUUCAAGAAAAAAUGGCCCAUGUGGAGGAGCUGCGCCUCAUCCAUGCAGAUAUCAAUGUGAUGGAGAGCACCAUCAAGCAAUCGGAGAAUGACCUCAAUAAACUGCUUGAAACAACUCGGCGCCUGCAUGAUGAGUACAAACCACUGAAGGAGCACGUUGAUGCCCUGAGGAUGACUUUAGGUCUACACAGACUCCCUAACUUGAAUGAAGAAGAGGAGAAGCUCUCCUUGGACUACUUUGAGAAGCAGAAGGCAGAGUGGCAGAAGGAGACACAUGAGCCUGCCAUCCCAGAAUCCCUUGCUGCCGCCGCAGCCGCAGCACAGCAGCUUCAGGUGUCCAGGAAGCAAGACGCCCGUCAGACGGCCACCUUCAGACAGCAACCUCCACCUAUGAAGGCUUGCCUGUCCUGCCACCAGCAGAUUCAUCGUAACGCUCCCAUCUGUCCAUUAUGUAAGGCUAAAAGCCGCUCCCGCAACCCAAAGAAGCCCAAGAGGAAGCCAGAUGAGUAGACUCCCACCUUUAGCUUCAGAGGAGUAUAAAGACAACCGGUCCAAGACACUGACCUUGGAUCAGCCGUGUAGUCCACAUGACUGGUCUGACAGGUCUGUGCUUCCAGUUUCCACACAGUCCCCCCAGUUUAACAAACUGUCUUAGUAACUUGCUCCUAACCUGUCAAGAUUUGGUUGAGCAUCUAGUAAUGUUAUUUUGUAGUUUUUCCAGUGCUUUGGAUGUGUUUAUAUGUAAUGUACGACUUUCACGGUAGUUUAUUAGCACCUGACAAUUGUAAUUGUAAUAAUGCAGAAAAUUUGAACUUGUCUGAAUAAUGUUGCCCAUGUUGCUAUUGGUUAUUGCCUUAGAUAUUUUACUGUAUUUUCUCGUUUCUUUUGCAGUGCAUGCCUGCUGCCACGGCUGUCUGUUGUGUAUUUUUUUUUUUGUGCCAAGAUAAAA